CGAUAUCAUCGCGGCUCGCACACAAUUCUAUAUAAUUGGAAUUAAAGUUCAUUUCGGCUCAGUAUCAGACGAAAACUUGAAGCAGCCAGACAUGGACAGCAAGAAUCCCGAUAUUGUGGAGAACGCUCCCAACAACAAAGAGAAAAGCAUUUUACAGCCAUUGCAUCAGCAACCGCCGGGGAAGGGCGCCAUUGAAAAAAAAGCACGCAACAUGGCAGCAGAUUCAAAAGCCUUAGCAAAAAGUGUAAGCGUAAAAGAGAUGGAUGAUUGCGUUGCUGACGCUUCAACCACGUGCUGUAAGUGCGGCAUGUGCUUGCCAAUUCCAGGAAAUGGCUGUAUCUGCAAAACUUGCAAGUUGAAAUGGCACUUUGCCUGCUUGCCACAGAUAUUUGAGAAGCGUUAUAGUUCGAGGCGCGUAGCUGCCCGAAAUUGGAUGUGCCAAAGCUGCUCGAACGCAUCCAGGGCUGGACGCAGGAAGCGGCCAAUUGCUGAUCAAACGGCUGCUAAAGCAAACCAAAUGAUGACCAAGAGUGGCGACAUUGAUUGCACGCCUGCCACGAAGAUUGUCGAGGCUUUCGCUGCCAGCGAUCAAAACAAGCAGUUAGCCGAUGUCCAUGUCACUGAUGUCGUCGACUCAACGGAGGACAAAGAGAACGUGCCAAUUCAGCAGCUGAUGCUGGAGCCGAAUACCUUUGCUAUGCCCGUCAGCAAGCAGGCGCCAUUGAAAACCUGGAGCGUUGAGCAGGUAUCUAACUUAAUCGAUCAGAUUUCUCCGGGGCACGGAAGCCUCUUCAAGGACCACAACAUUAACGGCACUGCAUUGAUGUCGCUCACAAUCGACAAAAUCUUGGAUGAAUGGGAUCUUAAGCUUGGUGCGGCGCUUACCCUUUACGAAAAGAUUUGUGAAAAGAUUUUUGAGUUACAGACGACUGCAAAAUCUUCAGAUGAUGAUGAUGGUGAUGACAAAGAGUUGUUCAUUUUGGAGCUUUAAGUUAAGCACAGCUUUAAGUUAAUGCGAAAUCGGUUCAAUGAAGUUUCACAUAUUUUUUUCAUUCA